CGGGCUGUCGCGCUGCUUCCUGCGCUGGGCCCGCCCUGCCGCCCAUUGUGCUCGUGCCAUGUGACCGGGGACGGUUACAAAGCAUCCCCCCCCCCCCGCCGGUAUUUGUGCUGAGUCACGGCGCGGUGCUGCCCGGUCCGGCGGCGAGCGGAGCGGAGCGGGGCCGCCGCUGUAGCUGUGCCCGGCUUCCCGAUGGGGACGGACGGCGCUCGCGCCCUGCUGGAGCGGGCGGGCACCCUCACGCUGCAGACUGGCAAUCUCCUCAACUGGGGCUGCCUGCGCAAGAAGUGCCCGGCCACCCCCGGCGAGGAGGUGCGGGACUGCAUUCAGAAAACGCUGACCGAAUGGAGCUCAAAGGUUGGACAGGACCUAAAUCAGGAAAUACUGGAGGUUCUGGAAUGUACUGUAGCUCAAGCUAUAGAAAAAAUAAACCCUGAAGAAAGGGAUGAGUUGAAAGUGUCAGCAAAACUUUUCAUUGUUGGAUCAAACUCUUCAUCAAUCAGAGAUGCAAUUGACCUGGCGUGUUCUGCCCUCGGUGUGGCUCAAUUAGACUCAGUCAUUAUUGCCCCACCUCCUGUUGAAGAUGGAACUAGCUUCUCCUUGGAGUAUUUGCAGCCUUAUUGGCAAGAACUUGAAAAUCUAGUUCAAAACAACAAGAUUGUUGCCAUAGGUACCUCUGACCUAGAUAAAACACUGUUAGAACAGCUGUAUCUCUGGGCACAGGUAAAACCGAGUAGUAAUCAGGUGAACCUAGCUUCCUGUUGUGUGAUGCCACCUGAUCUCACAGCAUUUGCAAAACAGUUUGACAUACAGCUGUUAACUCACAAUGACCCAAAAGAAUUACUUUGUGAAGCAAGUUUCCAAGAAGUUCUUCAGGAAAGCAUCCAGGACAUGAAAGCACACGAAUGGAUUCCUUUAUGGCUCCUCCGGUAUUCCGUCAUUGUUAAAAGCAGAGGAAUUAUCAAGUCCAAAGGCUAUAUCAUGCAAGCUAAAAGGAAUUCCUUUUAAAACACUUAUUUUCUUUAAUGGCUUACUGUUUUAGUUCCUUGGGGAUGGGGGAAACAUUGCUUUUUUUCAUAGAAACACUUUUACACCAUUUGUAACAAAGACCAAAAGUUGUAAUUACUCAGUGUAAUGUCAGCAGGAGUGUCUACAGUGCUCUAACGCUAUUUUUCUUACUUAACCUAUUGACCAGUUAAUUGAAAAGAUGAAAUAUUUGGGUUUAGUUUGAAUUACUGAUAGCGAAAGUUUAAAAUACUUUUUAUGACCAGUUCACUGUAAAAUUAUCAUUAUAUUGUAGCUGCCAUUAGGUAGUAGAGAGAAACUUAUAUAUUUUUAUUUAAAAAGAAUUAAUUUCUCUUAAAUAAGAGUUACUUGCCUGGUAGGUACAUGGAUUUCAAGCAUUCAAGGACUGAUUUUUAUAGAAAAUUGUAAUCUUUUAUGAAAAAUUACCCAGAAAAAUGCAACUGGUAUCUCAUGACUUGGUAUGUAUAUAUAGGCAAGUCAGCUGUUUAAUUUGGGUGGUGGGAAAACUGCUUUAUUUUUAAUAGAGUGUAAAAGGCCUUCCUGACUUAGGAAGAAUGCAUCUUCCCCGUUACUUUGUCUGUUACUUGAAUUCCUUCUGGCUGCUCUGUGCCUCAGUGUGCUUUGUUUAGUGUUUGCACAUGUGUGUUGGCAUCUUUGCUGUUUGAAAUAGAAAAAUGUAUUGUUGUGUGAGUGUUUCAAAUAAGCAUUGCAAACAAGCGAUGACAAAAUCUGUUAAUCAGAAACUGAAUUGUGCCUGUCUUCUCA